CGAGUUGCCGCCUCCGAGCCUCGCCCACGGCAGAGAGGACAGACGGCUGGCGAACGCGGUGUCCCUUUUUUGAUUCCCCCACAACCCUUUGACCCUGGCGACGACGAUGGCCGCGUGCUUCCUGGCGCCGGUCAGGACCGAGCAGCAGAUCCUGGAGAACUCGAUGCUCGAGGACGACCCCAACUCGAACUCGGCCCUGGUCGCGCCUCCGGCCGACGACCCCGCCGGCGCCAAGCCCCGCUGGGGUCCGCAGCACAAGGGCGCCCAGGAACUCGCCAACCUUUACAGCACCGGGAAGCGAACGCAGGAAUGCAUCUGCGUCGGAAUCUGCAUCAUGCUGAUGGCUGUGAAUCUCUUUUUCCUGCUGAUGCACCUCCGGCUCGAGAAGCUGAGCACCAUUGUGGUGGCAGCGAUGUGUGGAAUCAUCACUGCCGACUUCGCGUCGGGCGCCGUCCACUGGGGCGCCGACACCUGGGGCUCCGUUGACCUCCCCAUCGUUGGCAAGAAUUUCAUCCGGCCUUUCCGAGAACACCACAUUGACCCGACCUCGAUCACUCGGCAUGAUUUCAUCGAAACCAAUGGCGACAACUUCAUGCUCUCCAUCCCAUUUCUGGGCUACAUGGUGUGGCACUUCAUCUCCAGUUCCGAGGCAGAAGUGCAGAGGAGUUUCUGGUGGAGUUGUUACCUUUUCCUGCUGGCAAUUUUUGUCGCUAUGACCAAUCAGAUUCACAAGUGGUCCCACACAUACUUCGGUCUGCCUGGCUGGGUCGUGUGGCUGCAGGAGCACCACGUUAUCCUGCCGAGACGCCACCACCGCAUCCACCACGUGGCCCCACACGAGACCUACUUCUGCAUCACCACCGGCUGGCUCAACUGGCCCCUCGAGAAGAUCAGUUUCUGGCCCGGGCUGGAGGCCAUAAUCGAGUGCUGCACCGGCUGCAAACCGCGCGCCGACGACCUCAAGUGGGCCCAGCGACGCUCCUAGAAACUUUUGCCUCUCCUCAGCCAACCUUUUCGGUGCCUUUCGCCACUUUCCUUUCAGCUUUAUGGUCACCGAAGCGCGUAAACCUUCCCAUAAACCACAAACAAUAACAGCAAAAUUAAUCAGACACGCAUUGUCACGUAACUAUUGCUGCUGUUCCUAUUUUUCGUUUGCCUAGCAAACAUAACAGAGAGUUCCGUAGAUUCUAAACAUGAUUCCUUGCAAGGCCGUAGGCAUUUUUUUUUUUUUUUUAAUUUUGCAUUUUUAAUUAUACAUUUUUGUGUGACUAUUUUUGGUCUCGUAUAAUUACAAUUAGGGAAAAGUCAAUUGGUGGAAAUCAAAAGUUACCGAAAACAACGUCAAAAGACAUCAAGGGCGAUCCAAAAGUCUAACCUAGCCUAAGAAAUUUUAAAAAUCAAAUUUUAAAGACAUUGCUGCCGGCCAACAAUAGAUCAUUUAAACAUUUGGAUCGCUCCAAAAAUUUUCCAAGCUAGUGAAGAGAGUUCCUUUUUUUUAGUCAGCUUUUGCGCAAUUUCUUACAAUGAAUAGAAUUCUUUUCGUCAUCUUUCCACUUUAUAUUAUAUAAGUUAUUUUGUUUUUUCUUGAAUAACGUGGUCCUAAUGUAAGGCCUCUUGUCAGAAAGGAAUCAAUAUUUUUUUACAUAAUACAAAUUUUUGUUAAAUUUUCAGCGAUUUGUGACGGAGUGCCAGAUUUUACAAUGAGAGGAAGUUACAACUGAAAGUUUUAAUUUCUGGCGAUACAAUCAAUUUUGAAACAUUUGACGCUGGGAAUUUGUUUGAUAAAAUAUCACCCUCCAUCCUCUGCGUUUCUCUUUUGGCUUUGCAAUUUUCCAAGAAGCUUUUAAACUUGAGCGGACGCCAAAAGGAGAUUCAAAAUUGCCGAAAAGCUGUACAGUGCUUUGAUAAUAAGCGUUCGGGGACCAAAAUAUUGACCGAAUUCAAACCGCUUUCAAAAGAUUGUCUCUACUAUCAAUAAAAAAAACUGAAGGUGCAAUACAGGUGACGCACAAUCCUAUCGCAGUUUGCAUAUUUUUGCUGAUAUGCCUUGAAAAUCAUGAGGAAUUUUGAUAGAAUAUACUAGAUGAACGCUUUGGUACGCCUUUCUUAUACGUGAUUGUGAAAAUUUCUACUAACGCGGUAGUUUCUAGGAAUGCAUGUGAUAAAGUGCACAACCUGCCGCCGCAAAACGAACUAAUUAACAGUGUAUAGAUUUAUAAAUCUUUGAUUCAAAUUGAUGUACACGCUGCUUUUCUCGUGCGUCAUGCGUAAUUGAAAUUUUAUCUCGCUUGCUGUGUUUUGUCGACAAUCAAAAGAGUUUCGAUGAGGGUAAUUAAUCUAUUGUGAAAUAACGUGGCUUUCGCUAAUUAACAAUUGAUUUUUGUUUCUCGAUGCGUAAAUGAGUAGUGCCAUUUGUGACAAAUGAAAAACUCAUCUUUGCCAAAGAAUUAUUGCUAAUUUAGUUUUUUAAUUCCGCCUCGAACAAAUUGUUGAAAAGUCUUUGAAUUAGUUGGAGAUAUAUCAGAUUUUUAGCCACUUAUAUAUUGUUAUACUAAGUCACAAAAGUAAAACCACCUGAGCAUAUAGACUAGUGUUGAAUUCUUCAAAGUUGUGAAACGCGUUGUUGGCCGAGCCAAAGUUUACCAUUAAUAUGGUGCUGUUUUAUGUUUUAAUUCUUGUUUUUAUUCAAUAAUAUAUAAUAUUAACUCAAGUUUGUUGAUUUUUAAGUUAAAUUUUAAUGUGCAAUUAACAUGUAUUUUUAGAGUGAUGAAAAGUUCAUUUAUAAAUGAGUUUCCAUAUUUACGAUGUUGUCAAGUUUCUUGUUAUCCGAAUUUUCAAUUAAUAUAUUUAUGCUGGUAUUCGCACAAUUUUUUCCCAGUAUUCUUUACACGGCGAUACAAACAAGCCACAAUCAUGCAACUGCUCAAAAUUAUUUUAACUUAAACGUAGUGUGUGUGUACCUAAUGAAAAGUCCGCAGAAAUAAAACAAUUUUUACCUUACACUAAACAGGGAACCGCGCGUAGUGUUAUCACUGAGCUGGAAAUUUUCUGUAAAAAUAUAAUUAACCGUCUUGAAGAGUGAAAACCGUAUGGUGCCUGAAAACUUAUACUUGAACGCAAAUUACAAAAGAGUAAAGAAAUAAUUCUAGUUCUUUAAAGAAAAAAAGAAAAGUGCGAUUCAAGCGUCUGUAGAAAUUGAUUGUGAAAAAUCAGAGAAGUUAUUAAAAUGUUUAAAAAAUCAUUCAAAUUUUAAACAAAUUGAUUUGCCCUUUCUUUAUUCUCAAGCAUCACUUCUUUAUUUCGUGCCGCUAUAAAUCGCUGUGUGUGCUGAGAAAGCAAAUACGCAGACCGAAAUUUGAAAUAGUGUGUAAGAGAGAGCAAAACUGUCCACAAAUAAUGCGCUGAAGAAAAAAAAGAAACUUCUAAAACAAAUCACUUAAUGUGAUAGAUCAUGUUAUAAAUUAAUAAGAGGGAAUAAAUUUAUAUACAGUGCAAACUGAAA